AUGGCUCCAACCGAUACUGAGGUGAUAGUUCAGUUUCGGGACGCCAAUGAGGGCGUGCUGGGAUCUACGCUCACUGUGCCCGUGCAUCUCUCGCGUGACCGACUGGAGGAGCUGCUGCGUUCUUUGCUAGCUAGUGAGGAGCUCGAGGGCGCCGAUGACGACAGCAUCCGCUACACGUUCAUCCUCGAGAACAGCCAGGAAAUCGCAACUACUUUGGAGGCGGCGCUGGAGGCGUUAGGUGGCGAGCGUUCCGGUGAGGGCGUGCUCAACAUCAAGUAUGUGCCGCUAUCCAUCUACAAGAUCAGGCCUGUGACACGGUGCUCAUCUUCUCUGGAAGGUCACAGCGAGUCGGUGCUUUGCAUGGACUUCAGUCCUGACGGAACCAUGCUGGCCACUGGAUCCGGUGACAGUGCCGUGCGAAUCUGGGACCUGCAGACGGCGACGCCCAUAAAGACUUUGAAGGGCCAUACCAACUGGGUCCUGGGUGUGUUGUGGUCGCCCGAUUGCAAGAGGCUCGCAUCGGCGGGUAUGGACGGCCGCGUGCUAAUGUGGGACCCAUCGUCCCCCCAAUCGCAUCACAGCACCCUGUCGGGGCACACCAAGGCCGUAACAACCCUGGCAUGGCAGGCUCUGCACCUGCUGGACUUGUCUGUGCGAGAAUACCCGCUCCUAGCCAGCGGGAGCAUGGACUGCAGCAUCAAGAUAUGGGAUGUCGUCACAGGGCAGUGCAUGCGCACGCUCAGUGGUCACACCCGAGGAGUAUCGCAGGUCAUCUGGUCAGGGGAGAAGGGCAACUGGCUCUUCAGCGCGUCAAGGGACACUUUGCUGAAGGUUUGGGACACGUCCACCGGCGGCCUCGUGAAGGACCUGAAGGGCCACGCUCACUGGGUCAACACGUUGACUUCCAACACCCACCGCGUGAUCAAGUGCGGCCCAUUUUCUGCGGACAACUUCCAGCGCGGCCACACGCAAUUCUCCGGAAUAGAGGAGAUGGUGCAGGAGUCGCAGCGGAUCUACAAGAAGUUCAUCGGCGAGUCCGGCCAGGAGAGGCUAUUAUCCGGCUCCGACGACAACACGAUGUUUAUAUGGCUUCCCCACGCGCAAUCGCGUAAACCGGCGCAUCGUCUCACCGGUCACCAACAGCUGAUCAACCACGUGUCGUUUUCGGCAGACGGCAGGUUCUUCGCGUCGGCGUCGUUCGACAAAACCGUGCGCAUCUGGUGCGGGAUAACGGGCAAGUUCCUGCGCGUUUUGCGGGGGCACAUAGGUCGGGUGUACCGCGUCGUGUGGAGCUGCUGCGGGAACCUCCUCGUGAGCUGCAGCUCCGACACCACCCUCAAGCUGUGGGAUGCGGCAACUGGUAAGCUGAAGUUCGACCUUCCAGGCCAUGCCGACGAGGUUUACACGGUCGAUUGGAGCAACUGCGGGCGCACUGUGGCUUCAGGUGGGUGA